CUUCAAUAAUUUUAUAUUGUGCUUAGAGCAGGUUACAACUAGCGUUAGUCUUACUCUAGACAUAAUUUAAUUUAAAAGGACGGUUUAAAUGACCUUGCGGCUCUUUUGAAUAUAAUUCUUAGUCGAGAUAUAGUUUUGUUACAGUACGGUUCAGUAACUUUGAAUAUGGAUGCUCAAAAAAGUUGUUAAUUUAAGUGAUUAUUUUAAAUAAAUAUUUUAAUAUUAUAUGUGAUCAAGUAAAAAAGUGUUGUAUAUUUACAUGAAAUUGAUGUUUCUGUUGCAUAUCAAUUUUGAAUUUAUGUAAUUAAGAUUGUAUUUAUUGAAAAUAUACAUAAAGAAUAUAGAUAAUGGCAACUGAAUUGAGUAUUGCCGGAUCAGUAAGGAAUCUCAGAAUGCUGCUUGCUCAGAAUCAAAAUCAAGAAUUAGAAGAAUCGGAGUUUUGCACCACGAACAAUUUAGAAAAUGCAUUGUCAACAUUAUCAGAGGAACUUGAAUCUCUUGGUCUUGAGUCUCUUACAACGAGUAAUAAUGAACUGCACUCAAUUGAAUCUUUGCAGACUGCUUUCAUUAAAUUAGUUAAUAUGUCGUGGGGUCUCGUUAAUAAGCAAAGGACACUUAUGUUAUCACAAAGCCAACUCAAUGAUAUGCAUCAUAAAACAUCUAAUGAUAAUGCCAACCUUAUGAAUCGCGUGAAACGGUUAAAGGAAGAUUUAGAAAGAAAACAGCAUUUAUUAUCAGAAUCACAAGAGAGGGAAAGAAGACUUAGAGUUCAAUUGGAUGAAUUAUCACGAAAUCUUAAGCGGGAAAAAGAAGAGACAUUGAAGUUGAGGAAACAACUGCAGUCAAAAGACAGUCAACAUAUGCAUGAAAUGAGGCGAAUUCAACAAAACGGACAUAAGCUCCGCGAACAACUCCAAAAAUCUGUUGGAACUUAUGUGCCCAAGGAUAAAGCAUGGCAAGACAUGCAAGCUGAGCAUGAAAAACAAGUACUUCUUUAUCAACAGACUAUUCGAAAUUUGGAGGAAAAUAAUCAGCUAAUGCUACAAGAGGCUAACGAUUUGAGGGACGAGUUAUCGCUUUAUGCAGAAGGGAUACAAUUGCAUGUGGAGUCAUCAAAUAUUUGGAAAGACGAGAAGCUAAACAUCUAAUUGCGAUCCAUCGAAUCUCCUUGCAAGAAGGCUAUCAACUUCUAUCUUAUGGCACGAGGAGCUAAAAGGCUAUCGCAUGGUACUUAUUUCGUUAAUAUAAUAUUUUAUCAAUUUUGUUUUUACCCUAUUACCGCAAUUUUUUAUAUUUAUGCGACGGAUAUUAUAAACGGAUUGUUUUUUUAGUCAGCUUUCUUUUGCGGGACUACGCAUACCUCAUAUUAUCAUGUUUUUCUUGUCUCAAUUUUAUUGUAUGAAUAUCUUAAAUUAAUCGGCGGAUCUUUGUAUUGUGAAAAUUCAUUUUGAAAACAUACUCUAAUCAAAAAAUAUUCAAUGGUGUGAUUUAGGUUAUAGUAACGUGAUACCAUGUGUCUUAGUUACUCUUUUAUGUAUCUUUAGAAAACUAAAAGAAAGAAGAGAAUCAAUUUUGUUAUGUAAAGGUGAUAUCAUACUAUUUGAUACUGGUGCUAUUUAUUGAAUUUAUGUUAUUGUAGUUAAUUUAUUGACUGAUGCAAAACGUCCAUAAUAUUUUAUGUGGUUUAGACGUAACAGAAAAUAUUUAUUGUAACAGUUCGUAUUCACUUUGUUGAUUCGUAUAGUUCCUAUUCUGCUGCACGUUGCACCUUCCUCGACGGUUACUACUCCGAUUAGAAUUUAAUUUUAGCCUUAUUAGAUAAGCAGUUUCUUUAGCCGAACCUACGUAAUUAUUCAUUAAGAAAGUAGGCGUGUGAUAUUUUUCCCAACCUCAAUAACUGAAUUCAGAAUAGAUGCUGACUUGUUAGAUGGCCAUUAUUAUUAUUAUUGGUUAUGAUAAUUUUACUAACGUAUAAUAAAUCCGAAAAAUAUUUUUGCUUUGGGAUGACUAUUGAAUUUUACCAAACGAAUAAAAAUUUAAACUAUUAGUUGAAAAUAAUAUUGAUUUAGUUAAAUGAAUUGUAUACGCGUUUAAAUAUUUACUCUUAUUGUAAUUCUUUUGUUGGCAAACACAUUUAUCGCAUUACUACAUACUACAUUAUUACAUACCGGAAAUCCCAUCCACGGUAAUGCUCCAACACUAUUGCGUUAUACUAUGUUUUUAUUCAAUCUUAGUGUGCUUAAAUAUAUAACGUUAUUAACUA